ACAACACAAAUAAAAAAGACAACUGAAAUACUAUGACCGUACGUGACUGUGUAGGUAAAGUAUUUUUGAUAUCGUGGAAGAACCACAAGAUCCAAUUGUCCAGACCCUGGGAGUUGCUAUGGAUUGUCUUCUCGCCUGUGAUCCUCUGCCUAGUCGCUGUGGUGAUGCUCUGCAUAAUGGAGGUGGAUAUGCGGGUGGACAGUGUGUACGAUCCGAUCGAUCUGGACCGCAGCUGGACGGAGCUGAUGGACACACUGGUGGAGCGGCAGCGGAUCGCCACCGAGUACGGCAAGAAGAACAGUCCGUUCAUACCGAAGCUGGUGCUGGGCUGGGCACCCGACGAGUACAACAUAUUCAGUGAGACCAUUACGCAGAGCCUCCGGAAGCUGCAGCCACUGACGGCGCAAAAGUUCAAGGACUGCGACCAGCUGCGACAAGAUGUGCGAAGGGAAUUCCUCUAUGCUGGCGUCUGUUUCGAUGAGGGACCCUUCGAUACGGAAUACGCUUUCGUGGAGGGUUUCCUGGCGCCCACAAACAUCAUCCAGCCUUUUUUAAACUACUCGCUCCUGUUUCCCAGCGAACUGCGAAUAGUCAAUGACAGCUUCAUCAGCGCCAACUGGAUGACAAACUAUCAGGACGACCAAAUGGCCGACGUGCAGGAGCGCCUCGAUCGGCCCUACUGCGGCGGCUAUGUGGGCUACGUGCGCGAGGGCUUCAUCCAGCUGCAGAAGGUCAUCAGUGAGACCUUCCUGGCGAUUGUCAGUCGCAGCAAGCUGCCCGAAAUCCAGCUGCGACGCUUCCCCAUCAUCGGACGCAAGCAGGAUCCCCUGAUGCCCUACUUGGAUCGGGGUCUGGCCCUGCUCUUCAUCAUCGGCUAUCUGUUUCCCUGCCAAAUGUUAGUUUAUCAGGUGGUAACCGAGAAGAACUCACAGCUGCGUUUGUUCAUGAUCAACAUGAACAUUGGGAAUACGACACACUUCAUUUCGUGGUACUUCAAGGGUGUCUUCUACAUGCUCUUCACCUCCCUGCUGAUUACGCUGCUGUGCAAGAUACAUUGGAGAAACGAUCAUGGAGUCCUAACGGAGACGCCCUGGCAUGUGCUCUUACUGAUCCUGGUUUCGUACAGUCUGGCGGCGAAUGCGUUUGCAAUGAUGAUCUCUGCCUUCUUCAAGCAUCCCUUGAAUGCCGUCCACGUGCUCACAGUCCUGUGGAUCGUCACGUACAUGCCCUUCUUUGUGCUGUGGAACAAUCCGGAGCAGAGACUGCAGGCCCUACGCUACAUGUCCUAUGCCCUGCCCAACUGUAUGUUGGCCAAAGUGGUCGAGACUCUGGUGGAGCGAGAGCUGAUCUUCCACAAGAAGUGGUAUGACAGCGGAUUCGAACUGAUCUUCUUCAUCGAACCGAUAAGUGUCACCAAGAGCUCGUGGGUUUUCGCGACCGCAGCGCUGGUCUACUGCACCAUUGGCCUCUGCAUGGACAUGUGGAAUGCCACCGAGUUGGCCAACAAGCGAAUGAAGCGGCCGACGCGGGCCGGCAGCGUGAACGAUGACUUUCAGAACGAGCGCGCGGAGAGCUUCACGUACCAGGGCACCACCAUUGGGGUGAACUCCACGAAGAUCUACGAGGUUGAGCCCUCGCAUCGGCGCUUCAAGCUGAAGAUCAGGAAACUUUGCAAGCGAUUCGGUACCAGCGAGCAUGCGGCCCUCAAUCUGUUCACGUGGAAUGUCUACGAGAACGAGGUGACCAUCCUCAUGGGCCACAAUGGCAGUGGGAAGACGACACUGCUGAGGAUACUCGCCGGCCUUUUGGAUCCCAAUAGGGGAUCGGUCAUGAUCUCCACGCAUGACAUGGAAACGGAGCGAAUGGCCGCCUCCGCGGAACUGGGUGUCGCCCUCAACAAUGAUCUGCUGCUGUUCGAUCUGAGUGUCAUCGAUCACAUCCACUUCGUUUGCCAGGUGCGUGGCAUGCAAGACAAGGAAGAAAUUGCGGCACAGGCAAACUUCUACAUGCAGGCCAUGAAGAUCACACAUCUGAAGAGCCGCAAGGUGGGCCAUCUCAGUGACCCAGAGCGCGUUCUCUUCAGUGUGUGCUGCGCCUUCUUGGGCAACUGCUCCAUCGUCCUGAUCGACGAUAUACACUCCGAUCUGGACAAGCCCACACAGUCGCUCAUCUGGGGCCUCAUCAACGAGCAGAAGUCACGACGCACCAUCAUUCUCGUUUCCAACUCCUCAACUUUGGCAGAGACAAUGGCCGAUCGUCUGGCGAUCAUGGCCAAUGGGGAACUCAAGUGCACUGGGACUAGAACUUUUCUAAAGAAUAUGUACGGACAUGGAUAUCGAUUGACCUGUGUGAAGGGUAAAAUUUGCAACGUGAGUCGACUGUACACAAUGUUGAGCGCAUACAUGCCCCAGCUGACCAUCGAGAGUGAUAUUGGGCUGAAGGUUACCUUUGUGCUGGAGAACAAGUACGAGGAUAAAUUCAAAUCCCUUUUGGAUGAGCUCGAACAGAAUAUGGAGGAGUUGAAUAUCGUGAGCUUUCGCAUAAGGGACACCUCCAUGGAGGAGAUCUUUCUGCGCUUCGGAUGCGAGCAAAACGAUCAGCCGGGUGCGGGACAAAUAAUCAACAAUCACAGCCUCAUCGUUGAGGACUACUAUGCCGUGCUGGCUGGUGUCAAGCACAAGGAAAAGCUCACCGGCUGGCGGCUGUUUUUCCUGCAAAUGAGGGCUCUACUCUACAAGCGAUGGAUCGUGGCCCAAAGAUCGUGGACCAUCAGGAUAGUGGAUGCCUUCGUCCUCGCCAUAGCCCUCAGUUGCACCUUUGCGGCCAUUCUGAUGUAUGGAAAGAGCGUCAAGCUGCAGCCGCUGACAUUCAAUCUGACGGUGCUGCAAGGCAUCGAGGCCUUUGCGGAGACACUCACUCAGGGCUCCAAGGAUGUGACUGGGAUGCAUAGCUACUACACGGAGCUGCUCUACUGGUACGACGGUCAUGUGGAUCUGCUCACCAAGGAGACGGACGGCAAGUCCCAGCUGCUGCACAACAGUGACUUUGCCGAGAAUGUGAACUUUCGCUUCCUGUUUGGGGCAACAUUCAGCGAGAAGCUCGUAACGGCCUGGUUCAACAAUAUCCCAUUGCACACGGCGCCAUACAGCCUCAAUGCGGUGCACAAUGCGGUGGCCAGACAAAUCUUCGAUGAGGAGGCCACCAUGGAUGUGGCCCUGUGGCCGAUGCCCUUCGACACGAACAUCAACACCUAUGCCCACGCAUCGCUCAGCCUGGGCAGCCUGCUGGCCAUCAACAUCACGUUCAUUCUGAGCAUCGUAGGGCCCAGCAUCUCGAUGUUCCUCGUUCGAGAGCGCACCAGCACACUGAAGAAGCAACAAUUUCUGGCUGGCGUUCGGCUGCACACCUUCUGGCUGGGCUGCAUCAUCUUCGAUUGUGCUCUGCUCCUACUUCUGGUGCUCUGUGUGCUCAUUUGUGUGGCCAUCUAUGUGCAUCCACAUCAUGACUUUCUCUUUUACUUGCUCCUUACGGCGACACUUUUGCUCUUGGGUCUGGCGGUGAUGCUGAGCACCUAUGUGGUCUCGGAGCUAGUUGACCAUCCGCUGCAUGGCUUUGUCAUGAUCUGCCUGUGGAACUCCAUCGGCAUUAUCCUCUUCAAUAUGGUGGUGACGAACGAUAUGCAGAAUCUGCCCGAUUGGUUUCAGCUGCACAUUCAGUACACCUCGGCCGAAAUGAUCUACAAAUUGUUCAUGAUCAACGAGUACAGACUGUACUGCAAGGAUCCCGAUGUCAACUUUCUGUCCACCAAGGUUCUGCAGUGCGACAGUUUUCCCAAUUGUUGCAUUGAAUAUCAUUACUUUAUGAAGGAGCAUGGCAUUCCAUUUGAGUUCGCAGUGAUGCUGCUGCACAUUCUGCUGCUUAUACUGCUACUUGAGGGCGCGGAGUUCUUCACGGUGCUCGCCUUUGGGUUCUGCAGGCGAAACAUUCCCGAGGAGUGUCGCAUUUCGGGUGACUCCACGCCCAGACCGACGCUGAAGGAUGCCACGGCCGUGGAUGCCUCUGUGAUCAGGGAGCGUCAUCUCGUUGCCCGAAUGGAGCCGGAGGAUCGCGAGGAGUAUUCCCUGAUCAUUCAAAACUUGGGCAAGCGCCACAGGAAGCGCUACCUGAUCGAUCGACUGGAUCUGCGCAUAGGCAAAACCGAAUGCGUCUGCCUCAAUGGCUACAACAAUACGGGCAAGACGACCUUCCUGAAGCUCCUGUUGCAGGAAACGCGCGCCACCUGUGGACGCAUUUGGGUGAGCGGCUACUCCAUGGCCCGUCAGCGCCUCCAAUGCUAUCGCCGGAUGGGCUACUGUUCGCAGAACGACCACCUGCCGGGUGAGUUCACGCCCAAGGAGCUGAUGUACAUCCAGGCGCAGCUGCAGGGCAACCACCGCGAUGUCGCCAGAGAGGUGAUCGAGGCUCUGCUGCGCAUGAUGGGUCUCCAGAGCUGCUCCAAUCUGCCCCUUCAGUUAUGCACUACGGGCCAGUGGCGCCGCCUGCACUUCGCCCUGGCCAUUCUUGGCUCACCGGCAUUCAUCUGUGUGGACGGUGCGCCGUCGGGCAUCGAUCCAGCUGGCAAGCGGACAGUUUUAACCAUCACCUCGUACAUGAUGGCGCGUGGCAGCAGCUUCCUGUACACCAGCCUCUUGCCGCUGGACAGCGAGCGACUGUGCCGGCGUAUGCCCGUCCUCUACGAAGGCCAGCUGUGGGCCAUCGGGUCGGAUGAUCAGAUGAGCGACAACUACAGAGACGGCUACCAGGUGGAGGUGCGCUUCAAGCGCAAGGCCAAUCCAAAUGUCAGUCUCACGCGCAGCACAUGGAUGCGCAUUGGCCAGAUACCCAUGUCGCCGCACAAGAAGCUCUCCUCGUUCAUGGAUCUCAAGUUCCCGCGAGCAACGCUCCACGAUGAACAGAGCGACUCAAUGAUCUUCCAUAUGCCAUUGGAGUCGGCCACCUUCUCGGAGAUAUUCCUGAGUCUGCGCAAGGAUACUUUUGAGCUGAACAUUGAGGAAUUUUUCAUUACACGCAAUAUGAUCAUUGGGCUGCAUGUCUAUCUGUUUGAUCGCGGCAGCCGCCGGUAUACCCCAACAUCUUUUAUGAACUCCAAAAAAUAGUUCGAUUGACUUUAUAA